AUGUCAGUAGGAAUAAGAACCUCCAGAAUUAUAACAGUGUAUGACCCCUUCGGUUACCCAGUCCCUAAAAUGGUUGACAUAGUUGAAUAUAGACCAUAGAGCAGAGCUUAAAGCCCUUAUAAGCCGGAUACGAACCGACUCCAAAAAGUGAACUAUGAUAAUCCAUUUGCAAGCCCAGAUAAGUUAGAUAUAGAUAUUCCACUCAUGGAAAACAAAAAUAUAUUCUCAAGAAGCAUUGUGCUCUCUUAAUCAAACAAAAAGAGGAGACCUCUGGAUUAGUCAGUUGACGAUGAUGAAUUUAGAUUUGAACGCAUCAGAAAAGCUUUUAAGAGAUCAUAGUAGCUUAUCUAAAAAUCAGACAAAGACUGCCUAACUAGAGUAUUUUGGGAGUUGAAAAACAAUGUUCCCCGUCUAGAUGCUUUGAAACAUGAUCCUAAAUUUGUUUUUGAAAGAUUGGAAUUGAGUGAAGACAUUCUCAAGAGAAAAUAUGAUAUGCGAGCAGAAAAUGUUUUUGGACUGGUUAUGCUUGAGAGUACAAUGAUUAACAAGAAAAAUUGCUCAAAUGGACUUCUUUUAUUGAACAAGCAGGAAGAAAUAAAGACCGGCGAUCCCAUUGAUUUGCGCGACUCCAGAUUCUAUCAAGGUCUCUACAAAAACCACUUCGGUCAAACUUAUAAGAAUGAAGUAUUCUUGCACGGGUUCAAAAAGAAAUUCGACUAGAAUUGGGCAGAAAAUACCAUAACAGUGAACAGAGAUCACAACAAGUGGAGCGGAACUCGCGUGUUGAAUAUGUUCAACAAAUAACUCAUCUACUACGGAUUAAAUCGCAGACUCCACGGAGAUCUUGGUCCUCUUGAAAACUCCUCGCCCAACAUUGUAACGAACCCAGUCUAUAGACUUUUCGAUAUUUUCCUGAAAAGAAGGUUCACUGGAGAUGAUAUCAAGGACUUACAAUUCGUCAUCUCAGCAUUGCUCUCUAAAUGGAUUAGCUUGGAAUUUAUAAGAGAAAUCAUUGUUGAAAGACAAGGAAUUGAUGAUGAUGAUGCAGAUGUGAUCAUUGCUAACCUCCAGAUCCUGAUUGAUAAACAGAUAUUUGUGCCUAUUGAUUACAGUGAAUGUCUUUUCAUCAAAUACGAGCCAACCACCUACAAAGGAUAUUACAAACUAAUCAUGGGCAAUACCAAGAAAUUCAAUAGACCAUCCUGCAUGUGUUGCGGAGGCUGCUGUACCCAUAAAAAGAAGAGGAAUAAUCCCAUCAACAGACCCUAAAGCGCAUUGAGCGCCAGAAAUACUUUAGGCAAAUAACCGGCGAGUUUGACUCUCACUCCAUCAAAAGACAAUGGAACCACACCUACUCAAGCCACCCCAGACACACUAAAGAGGUCCAGAGUUUGA